CCCCUCCACUCCAGCACCCACUAUAUUAUAUAAAAACUGUUUCUUUAUAGUUUUGUCCAAACGUAAAGAAAUCCAUUGGAUUGGGUAACGUGUUGCUGUUCAAAGAUAACAAACAGCGGUUUCAAGAAUCAAGAGGGAGAUUAGUGAAAUCCCAGACGAGGAAUCUUGCAGCGUUUUAGCCUCUGAGAGUCUGAGAUCUAUGUAUCCUUGUUCUUGAGAAUAUAAUGUUGUUCGAGAUCUGAAACUUGGUUUCUUUUGGGCGUUCUGGGAUUGUGUAUGUGGAGCUGAAAAUGGGGAGCAAAUGGAGGAAAGCGAAGCUGGCUUUGGGAAUGAAUAUCUGUCUCUACGUUCCCGAAACGCUAGAGGAAGGUCCGGCGUCGGCUCCCUCCGCCGCCGGCAGAGUUUCCGACGCCCUUCCGCUCUCUCCCGCCUCUGCCCGGAGCUCCGACUCCCAGAUCAACAUGCCCACCACCCCCACCCCCUCCUCCUCCGGCCUCCGGUUGCCCAAACACAGCUUAAAGUCUUCAAAGGUGUGGAGAACUGGAGAUAUUACUGUCAUGGAUGAGCUUGAGAAGCAUAGUAUCUUGAUGGUGUCAGAUUUUUUCUAUCCCAAUUUUGGUGGCGUUGAGAAUCACAUUUAUUAUCUAUCUCAAUGCUUGAUGAAGCGGGGCCAUAAGGUGGUUGUUAUGACUCACGCUUAUAAAAAUCGCUCUGGAGUGAGAUAUAUGACGGGUGGGUUGAAAGUUUACUAUGUGCCAUGGAAGCCUUUUCUUAUGCAGAAUACACUACCCACUUUUUAUGGUACACUUCCUAUCAUAAGGACUAUUCUAAUUCGGGAAAAGAUAACUUUGGUUCAUGGACAUCAAGCCUUCUCUACUCUAUGUCAUGAAGCUCUGAUGCACGCACGUACAAUGGGUUACAAAGUUGUAUUCACUGAUCAUUCUCUUUAUGGAUUUGCUGAUGUGGGAAGCAUUCACAUGAACAAGGUAUUGCAAUUUACUCUAGCUGAUGUAACCCAGGCUAUCUGUGUGUCUCACACAAGCAAAGAAAACACAGUCUUAAGAUCAGGGCUGCCACCGGAAAAGGUUUAUGUCAUUCCAAAUGCCGUGGACACUGCAAUGUUCAAACCUGCUCCAGAAAAGCUUAGUCAGGAGGAAAUUGUUAUAGUUGUGAUAAGUAGAUUAGUUUACAGGAAAGGGGCAGAUUUACUAGUUGAAGUUAUCCCUGAAGUAUGCCGCUUGUAUCCCAAUGUUCGCUUCAUUGUUGGAGGAGAUGGACCUAAACGAGUGCGCCUGGAAGAGAUGAGGGAAAAGCACUCUCUCCAAGAUCGAGUUGAGAUGUUGGGAGCAGUGCCACAUGCCAAAGUGCAGUCGGUGUUAAUAACUGGCCAUAUUUUCUUGAACAGUUCUUUAACAGAAGCAUUUUGCAUAGCUAUAUUAGAAGCAGCAAGUUGUGGGUUGCUGACAGUUAGCACACGUGUUGGAGGAGUUCCAGAGGUUCUUCCAGAUGAUAUGGUUGUUCUUGCAGAGCCAGAUCCUAGUGAUAUGGUACAAGCAAUCACAAAGGCAAUACACAUGCUUCCCCAGAUUGAUCCACUAGUCAUGCACAACCGUAUGAAGAAACUAUAUAGCUGGCAUGAUGUUGCUAAGAGGACAGAGAUUGUGUAUGAUCGUGCUCAAAAACACUCAAAUCUUCCACUAUUGGAGCGAUUAUCUAGGUAUCUUACUUGUGGAGCUUGGGCAGGCAAACUGUUUUGCAUAGUUAUGAUAAUUGACUUCUUGCUCUGGCGUCUCUUGCGAGUAUGGCAGCCUGACAACGAGAUUGAGGUGGUGCCUGACAUUUGUUUGAUGAAUUCUCAACAUGACACCAACAAGGAUGAAAGCAAUACAUGAUUUUCACUUCAUAGGGCAUGUUUGUAUUACAUUCGACAAAAUGAUUAGCUAACCCUUUUACUUCUACUCUUUGAGAAUGUAAAUACAACUAGGUAAGCCAUUUCUUUGUCUGACCGUAUCGAUUUUUUAUUUAUUU